UUGACUCCGGACAGUAGCAAAGACAUGCUAGAUAGUUAGCAGAAGUGCUAAACACCUGUUAACCUCGUAUUAUCUUAUUUUGGGUUGUGCAAUAUAUAUAUAACGUCAUAAAGUCUUUUGUCGGUAUUCUUAGUAGACACGGGUGGUUGAAUUGUAUAUACGUGUAGAUAAGACAUCCAGUAGCAAGGAUAGGAAAAGGAUAACAACAUUAGCUAUCGCGUUGAAAUCGUAUAGCCUACUUACUGUCAAAAGCGACAUAAUAUCGUUGUCUCAUGCCAUAGAUUGUAUGUCUCGUGCAUACGUUUAACAUUUCGCUGCUAUAUAUUCUGCAUGACCGAAGUACUCCUAACAACAAAGUCCAACGUCCUGACCACACGAUGUCUUACAGAGAUUUAAGAAAUUUUACUGAGAUGAUGAGGGCGCUUGGCUACCCACGAUUGAUCUCCAUGGAGAAUUUUCGCACCCCCAACUUUCCUCUUGUGGCGGAGAUCCUUAUCUGGCUGGUGAAGAGGUACGAACCUCAAAUGGAUAUCCCAAGUGACAUAGAUUCAGAAUCCGACCGGGUCUUCUUCAUUAAAGCAGUGGCUCAGUUCAUGGCGACCCAGGCCCACAUCAAGGUGAACACCAAGCGGCUGUACCAGGCGGAUGGCUACGCGGUGCGGGAGCUCCUGAAGAUGACAUCACUGCUUUACGGCGCCAUGAAGACCAAUCAGAGUGCUGCGGGGGACCAGCAGCGCGACGACAGCACCAAGUUCAAGUUUGACCUCGGCGCCAAGAUUGCAGAUCGGAAGGCGGCUCGUCAGCUGGGUUCGGAGAUCACGGCCAAAGGGGCCAGCCUGUACGACCUGCUGGGCCGAGAAGAGGACCUGAGAGAGAGCCGGCAGAUGGCCAUUGCCCGGCCCCUGGAGAUCAACGACACGGAGAAGGCACUCAGGGCCGCCAUCAAAGACGUCGUGGAGAACGUGCAGCGUACGAAAGAGCAGCUGAACAAUGUGGCGGCGGACGAGCAGAGUCUGGACGCCAAGAUCGAGAAGAAGAGGCAGGAGCUGGAGAGGAACCAGAAACGGCUGCAGACACUACAGACCGUACGGCCGGCGUUCAUGGAUGAGUAUGAGAAGAUCGAGGAGGAGCUCCAGAAGCAGUACGAGACGUACGUGGAGAAGUUCCGCAACCUCAGCUUCCUGGAGCAGCAGCUGGAGGACCACCACCGUAUGGAGCAGGAGAGAUUUGAGGAGUCGGAGAAUGCCAUCCGCAUGAUGCAGACCAAGCUACGAGAGGAGGAGAGGAGACUAAUGAGAAGUGGAGCCCGUGAUGAGGGUUCAGACAUGGAGAUACCAGACGAUGAAGGCUCAGACAGCGAGAUGGAUGAGAACAAACCAUCCAGACUUCGACCCCCAAUACAAGCACCCUUAGCAGCCAGAGCUGGAGCGCGCAUCAUUGGGACCAUGCAUGGAGGAGAGAACGAAGAGUCGGAGGACAGCGAGAUCGACGUGGAUGACGAUGACGAGGAUGAUGAAGAUGACGAUGAAGACGAGGAUGAUGAGGAGGAGGAGGAGGAUGAGGAAGGGGACGACUACGAGGCCGGAGACCUGGACAAGGACCUCAGCCUGGAGCCCAAACGACCCACCAGGGGCGCCAUGAGGCCGCCGUUACAGGAGGAGAGCGACAACGACUUUUAACACACACACACACACACGGACCUCAUGGAGCCCAAAUGAUAACAGCAACUUUUAACACACACACACACACACACACACACACACACACACACACACACACACACACACACACACACACACACACACACACAUACUUAUUAGUCAUUUUCCUUUACAAGCCGUUGCAUUCUGUCAUACCCCAUCACAUGCCUUAUCAGCACUUCUGACGCACACACACACACACACACACACACACACACACACAGCAAUGUAAAAUGUCAAGUGAAUUAGCAAAUUGAGCAAACCCCAUACUCACGUGUAUAUAGAAUGGAAUGCACACUUUUUUUCUCCAGAUACCAGUGUAUGUCACUCUGCGUUCCACCCCUCUCAAUCUUGACAUGAGUCACCACAACUUGCCAUGUCAGACCCAAACCACACUCUCUCUCUCUCUCUCUCUCUCUCUCUCUCUCUAUCGCUCUCUCUCUCUCUCUCUCUCUCUCUCUAUCGCUCUCUCUCUCACACACACACACUUAUACACACACCACAACUUUACAUCACGAUGUAGACCAGUAAUUUAAAGGCCAUUUGCAUAUGUGGUGCUUAAUGUGCAGAGAGGAAGUGUGCGUGUGUGUGUGUGUGUGUGUGUGUGUGUGUGUGUGUGUGUGUGUGUGUGUGUGUGUGUGUGUGUGUGUGUGUGUGUGCGUGUGUGUGUGUGUGUGUGUGUGUGUGUGUGUGUGUUUGAGAGAGAGAGUACGACAGAGGACUAUAAUCAGAUUUAUUGGUUUGUUUUUUGUAUGUGUUGACUUUUUAUAAAAGGUAAUUGGCUUGCCACUCUGUGUAAGUAACAAUUCAUCUGUUUGAUA